AUGGCCGUGAGACUCGCGCCGCGCUAUGCGGAGAGGGACGAACCGAGCGGCGACCUCGACGAAUGCCCCAUUUGUUUCUUGUACUAUCCCAGCCUCAACACGUCACGAUGCUGCAAGAAACGCCUCUGCACAGCAUCGAGGCAAGCGCACAGCAGCGGAGAGACACGCCGACCUGCUGGAGGAGCAGAGGGCGGUGGAAGCGAUGAUAAGAAUGCAGGUUGA